AGACUCGGGCCGGUAGCUGGAGAGUGUGUCUAGCCGGCCGGAGGCGGCGAGGCUCCCCCAGGGAAAGGGAGGCGAGGGCGCCGGCACGCUGGAUGCGAGCGGCGCGGCCAGGGCUGGGCUGGAGGGAAUCCUCGGGACGCCUAGGCAGGGUGUAGCGUUCCGAUCGGCUGCACGACGUCUCCCAGAGCGACCCGGCCGAAGGGGCGAAAACAGAGAGGCCGGAACUUGGCAGCCUUCGCUGCUGAGUAGCGCUCGAAGCCCAUGAACCCGCAGCUCUGGCCAGCACCGGCCUCGUUCUCAGGGGACCCGCCGCUGCCGCCCCUCGGGCUCCCGCGCUUCACCAACUCCUGUAACUCUUCCCCAAGUCCACCUCAGUUUAGAAGCCCAAGUCAGCUUCCCCGAUGCGCGCGAACGUUCCCAUUUGUCGCUCCCGAACUCUGGCUGAGUUACUUCGUCUGGGAGGAGCAAACAGCACUUGACUAUGGCUCGGGUUGGAAAUUCGUAGUUUGGUGUUCAAGGGGCGGGGCGGACCCCAGGGUUUCCGGAAGGACAGCCGAGGUUUGGGGGGAGAUUAGCCGCGGCCAGCUGGACCGAGGCUUUUUGUUGUCGCCUCCGCCGGUCCCCGGGUUCCCGUGCUGUUCGAAUUCACUAUACAGCUUUGAUCUGGGGCGCUGAACACCAUCAGAUUUAGUUGAAGUGGGAGUGAAGCAGAUAGAUUUUUCUAUUCUCGGCAACUUCAUAGGGAUGCUCUAGACGUCACCUAGAAACGCAGCCUUUGAAAGGUCGUUUUCUCCUUGUUCAUUGAUUUGCUGUCCCUAAAUGGUACUACCUGAGAAGGCCACUUGGAGCAUACGGAAGGUCAGGCCGGCUCUGGCAAGAUUUUAAACAUGGAAAGCUAUUCCUCUGAUAGUGCCAUCUCUCUCUAUUCUAGCAGAGAGAGAGACUCACCUGCAGGUGUUUCUCCAAUAGCAUGGGAAGGUAGUAUAUUAAGUCCCGGAUCCUAGGCCCUAAGAGGAGAGCGACUGCUUUCUGCUGUCAAGGAUGGCCAAACCCACUCUGAGAGAACACAGCACUAACUCCGAAAGCUUACGGCAGCGCUUCAGAAGAUUCCAUUACCGGGAGGUGUCUGGGCCCCGCGAGGCUUUCAGCCAACUAUGGGAACUCUGCUGUCGGUGGCUGAGGCUGGAGGUUCGGACCAAGGAGCAGAUUGUAGAGCUGUUGGUGCUAGAGCAGUUCCUGACCGUGCUACCUGGGGAGAUCCAGAACUGGGUACAGAAGCGCUGUCCAGAAAAUGGAGAGGAGGCGGUGACCCUGGUGGAAGGCCUAGAAAGAGAGCCAGGAAGACCUGAACAUUCGGUGAGAAGGAGGGUCACAGUCUCUGUGAAGGGGCAGGAAAUGCACUCGAAGAAGAUAACGCCCCUGAAAUCACCACAGGAGUUAUUAAGUGUUCUGCAGGAGUCAGUGGAACCCCAGCCCAGGGGUGUAUCCAAGACAGAGAGGGCAAGAAGCCCAGCCCUGGGACUACAGGAGCAGAUGACCCAAAAAGAGCUCAAACCCUUUCAAAGGAGCGGUCUGGACUUCCCAAAUGCUGGGCUGGUUUCAAGGUUGGAUCAAGGAGAGCCUUGGAUCCCAGAUCUGCUCAGCAUCAAGGAAAAGGAUGUCCCAAAAGGCAGCAGCACAGGAGACAGACCAUUACCAUUCAGGAGAGAGAGAAACAGCUGGAUGGAACAGGAUCACUGGGUCUUUGAUGAUGAGAAGGUGGUGGGUGUGCACUGGGGCUAUGAAGAAACUAGAACACUCCUCGCAAUUCUCAGUCAAACUGAAUUUUAUGAAGCUCUCCAAAACUGCCACAGGAACAGCCAAGUGUAUGGGGCUGUAGCUGAGAGGCUUCGUGCCUAUGGUUUCCUCCAGACCCUGGAACAGUGCCGGACCAAGUUCAAAGGCCUUCAGAAGAGCUACAGGAAGGUCAAGAGUGGUCAUCCACCUGAUACCUGCCCCUUUUUUGAAGAGAUGGAAGCCCUGUUGACUGCCCAGAUCAUUGCAUUGCCCAUUAAUGGCCUGGAAGAGGCAGCGUCCCAUUCUGGCCAGGCUGGCAGUGAUACUGAGACUAAGGAGCCAGGACAGAGCACCUGUCAGCAUAAGGCUGGAGAUGAGGCUAUGGCUGAAAGGUCUGACAGUGAUGACCUGGAGGCAACCCCCCUGGACCCUGACAGCCCACCUGUACCUGUGCUGUUCUGAAGCCCACGUGGUGUACACUGGGGCUAUGAAGAAACCAAGACUUACCUUGCAAUUCUGAGUGAGACUCAGUUCUACGAAGCCCUCCAGAACUGUCACCACAACAGCCAGUUAUACGGAGCAGUUGCUGAGGAAUUAUGGGAAUAUGGCUUCCUUAGGACCCCAGAGCAAUGCCAAACCAAAUUUAAAAGCCUACAAGCCGGCUAUCGGAAAGUCAAAAAUGGCCACGCACCAGAAACCUGCCCCUUCUUUGAAGAAAUGGAAGCUUUGCUGAGCGCCCGAGUUGCUCCCCCACCCAGUGAUGACCAGGAGGAGGAAACAGCUUCUUGCUGCCUCCAGCGAGCCCGUGAGACUGAAGCUGAGAAGCAAGGGGACACAGAAGAUUCAAGUGAUGAAGAUGAUCCUGAGAUACCUCCAGGAGCUGUUAUAACCCGUGCCCCAGUCUUAUUCCAGAGCCCCAUUGGUUGUGAGGUUGGAUUUGAUAAUGAAGAGAAUCCAAAACAAGAUAUUUCUGAGGAAGUGAGGCUGCACAGGACAUUACUUGCAAGGUCUGAAAGGAAAAUUCUCCGUCAUGUUAAUCAAGGUAAAGCUAGUAAGAACGAAUGUUCAUCAGAAAGCCAGUGGAAAACACAAAUAGAGAAAAAAAGAAAACUGGCAUUCGCAGAGAAGAGUGUAGGUAAGGUCCUGACUUAUCAGAGACCAGGCUUGGGAGAUAGACCCUAUAAAUAUCCCAGAUAGGGCAAAAACUUUGGCUCGAAGUCCCAUCCCAUGAAUCAGGCAUCCCAUCAGGUAGAGAAUCCUUACAAAUGUACUGACUGUGGGAAAAGUUUCAGUCGUGGAGUGCAUGCCUCGUCAGACACCGAACGAAGAAUCCACACUGGAGAAAAACCUUAUAAGUGUCUUGACUAUGGGAAAGGUUUCCGUGACAGUUCCAAUUUCAUUACCCACCGGAGAAUCCACACAGGAGAAAAACCUUAUCAGUGUGGUGAAUGUGGAAAACGCUUCAAUCAGAGCUCAAGCCUUAUAAUUCACCAAAGAACCCACACAGGAGAAAAACCGUAUCACUGUGAAGAAUGUGGAAAAAGUUUCAAUAACAGUUCUCAUUUCAAUGCACAUAGGAGGAUACACACAGGAGAGAGACCCCACGUGUGUCCUGACUGUGGUAAGAGUUUUAGUGAGAGUUCUGACUUACGUGCACAUCACAGAACCCACACAGGAGAGAAACCUUACAGGUGCUGUGACUGUGGCAAGUGCUUCAGUAAGAGCUCUGCCCUUAAUAAACACCAAGAGAUCCAUAUACAAGAAAAGCAGCUGGCACAGUCAGUGUUUGAGUAAGCUCCCGAGGAAGGGCCUCAGUAAAUGUACUGUUAAAACAGUCCUCUCCUGUUUUGUGCCCAGCCAGCUUAGGGAGCACUCCUCUAUUUUUGCCAUUGUUUAUUUCUUAUGCUUCCAGAUCUAGAUGAGGCAAAUGUCAGUUUGAAGAUAAAAAGUAGAUUUUGGUCUGAACUGGGGGCAGUACCUCUUCCCCCUCAGUGCCCGUGUUGUCCCUUAAAGAUGACAUGGUAGUAUAGACCUCCUGUAUCUCCUUCACUCAGCGCACAUCAUCCUGUGCGUCCUGUCAUUCAAUGCACUUCAACAGGAAAACCGAUCUCAGCAGCUUUUCAAAAAGUUGUGAGACUUUGCUCAUUAAUUGGGCCACCUUGCUCACUUAAACCUGUGUAUACUCGUCUUUAAGGAGUUUAAAGUCCAUCGUGGUUCUAUCUGGGGCUGGGGAGGUAGCUCAGUGGUAGAGCACUUGCCUAGUAUGCACAAGGCCCUGGGUUCACACCACACACACACAAAAACAGAGCAAGAGCGUGAGAAUGGGGUGGUGGUGCAGAUAGUUAGGGAAACAAUGUAAGCCUCUAUAAACACUGAAAUAGUUUCUUUCGGAUUCUACAGGAUUAUAAUAGAAUAUAUGUCAUUUACAGCAUUUUGUUUGAUUUUUCUCUUUUUUUCCCCCCUCCUUUCCUUCUCCCCUUCAUCAAAAUUUCAUCUGUCCCUUGUAGACUAGAAGCCAGAAGAGCAAACUAGGGAAGUGAUAGGAAAAGCAGUUAAAGCCGCCAACAAGUUACCUAUUUUUCCUACACUCCACACACCUAGUAUCAUGUUAUAUAGCCUGUGGGUGCUCCAUACUAAUUGUAAGGACACACACAUACACACAAACACACACACGGUAAAAGUAUCUAUUUAAACACAAGUAAUUACAGGUUUUCACAAUAAAAUGGUAUUGAAUUAAUUCCCAUAUAUUUAGAGAUGUAUGAUAAGCCCUGUACAGUACAAGGGAAAGACCCUACCCUUGUCCUUAUACUGGGAAACAGAAAGUACAUGGACAGAUGGGCACAGAUAUAUGUCGCAACAUUUAUUAUUUUUUAAAGACAGGGUCUCACUAUGUAGCCCUGGUUGACCUGGAACUCACUAUGGAGAUUACACUGGACUUGAACUCACAGAGAUCCAACUGCUUUAGUCUUCAAAGUGCUAGGGUUAAAGGUGCAUCGCCAUGACAGGCUAAACUGUUUUAAAAGAAAUUUCGUAAGCUUAGUAGCAUUACUACACAAGACAUAAGUUUCAACCUAACUUGCUCUGAAAAAAAUCUGGAAAGCAUUUAUUCAGGAAACAGUAAGCAUUCAAAGGAAGGAAAGUAACUAGGUAAAUUAGAGUGGGACAGAUUUUUCCAAACUAGUUGUAAAAUUGGUGCUAGGAGAAUAAGGAAAUGGGAAAACAGCAAAGCAAAGGACAGAAGAUAUUAAGUUCACUAAAGCUCGAAGGAGGAAAAAAAUAAUGAAUGCAUGAUAUAAUAGCUGUACAACAGGCUGAGAAUCAACUUAGCAGAGACAGCGAAUGUUAGAGGGAGACGCUGAGUUGUACUGUGCCAUGCUUACUGAUGACAGGAAAAAACAGGUUUUAAGAGAUUAGCUCAUUUGGGAGAUAAACAUCAGAAAUUACUAUCUAUUGAAGAUACUUUGAUGAGGUCAGAGAAAAGGUGAACAUGACCAGAUGGCCAAGACCUGGAAUAACUAAUUCUUACAUUUAUUAAAAUAUCCAUGGCUAGAUUAAGAUCUGAGAUAGUAGUGAGAAUAUAGACUAUUCUAAAAUUUAUUAGGAUGAGAAAUUAAUUAGGGUUCUGCUAUUAAGGAAUUCUAAACAAAGAACUAACAGCAAUUAAGGGAAAAUGGUAUCUCAGUUAUGCUGCCCAUGAAGCAAGAAGGUGCAAGAAACCUGACGCAGGGCCUCAGGAUCUGAGAUAGCUUUGCAAGUGAGUUACGAUGUCAAGGAAAAUGGGAUUAUUAUCUUUAGUAUUAAUCUGUUUAUGUAUAGCACUGUGAAAAAAGCUUUAGGGUAUUAGCAGACAGAUGGUUUCAAAUGUCUUGUGUGUAUGUUAAACUGCUUUUAUGUCUCUUCCUGUAAAGCGGAAUCAUGUUUAUAUCUAUCUAGUCUCUCAGGGAUAUCAUGUUAAUAAAGGCUAUGUCCAUAAAGUGCUCUGUUUUUCUUCUGGUAUUUCAGUGCAGAUUUUAUAUAUGCAAAUUAUAUAAAAUUAUUAGCUUGGUUAAAGUUCUUAUGAUCAAACAGUGGAUGGCAGGAAAAUAAAUUCUCUGAUUUUUUUCUUCUUGUUAUUAUAA